AUGAAGCGCGGUAUUCUCUCUUUAUAUUGCAAAUUCACUUCUCGUUCUGCUACUUAUACUUCUACUGCUGUUACUUCUAUGUCUGCUGAUGCCAAUAUUACCGUUACAAACACUUCUAUUACAAAUACUAUCCCCAAAAAUACAGUCACCGCCACUGAUGAUAUUCUUGUAUCAACCUUUAAUAAUUCAAGAAUACUUAAGAUUCCUUUUGAGAUCCUUCUCUUAAUUGCUUCUAAUUUCAGUGAAUAUGAUAUGGAGCACUUUAGCAUGACCUGUCGCAAUUUUAGACAGUUGAGUUUGGAUCAAGAAGUCUGGAAAGCUAUGUACGAGACUCGGUUUAUGACUGAUAAAGAUACCGCUCUUAAAUACACUGCCAACUCAUUAUGGAAACAGAAUUAUCUCAAAAAAGCUACUCCAAGACUUUCAGCUGUAGAUGACAUGGAGAUAUCACACAUGAAUACGGGAUAUUGGAAUACUAUGGAAACCGAAUCCAGUAUUUAUGGCCAUGUAGCCAAACUAAAUGUUGUAUCUUGGUUCAAGAUUAUUGGAAGCAUGGAGUCUGUUCCUCUGGGAGCAUAUAAAGUUCAAUGGAGAAUGCGUGUUACUAGUGUUGGUCAACAUGAUUCGGUCUUUAAGUUUAGGAUUUCAUUAAAGGAAAUUUAUGAUUAUGCACCAAUAACUGAUGAUACAUAUACUAUGCCUUAUGCAUUUUAUAAAGAUCCUUUAAUAGUCGAUUGUGGAUGGCUAGUCAUUACUCUACCUGGAAGAUUUGUUAUAAGCAACAAACAGAGAUUCUCAAAGGUUUACUUUAGCCAUGAUGAUAUAAGCUCGUCAUCAAAAUGGGGUCUGGAAUUCGACUGGGUACGGCUUAUUCCCACAUCGCCUACAGCUAAAUAUAAUAACUCUAAACUAUACGUCAAACGAGACGAUUACAACCGCAUGGUUUUCGUAAAAGAAGACUCAAUUCUAGGAAAUAUCUACGAAUUUCAAGAUUAA